UUCACAACCGUAGACUUAGUUCAUGCCAAAAAUUGUAAAGCGUUCUGGGAAUCUUCUGCGUCUUGCAUUGACUCUUCAUUCGUCGUGAUCAAGUCAAAGGUAAGGAUCCUUCCAAAGACUUAACUUACGAUGACUAGUACAAGAAAAACUGCAAUGAAACAGCGAGGUUCAUCCGAACAAAUCGCUUCGAGGCCAGUGUUACGCUUGAUUUGUAUAUUAGGGCCAUUUAUACGAAGAAAAAUAAGACGCGUCUUACAAAAGACGCGUCUUAAAUAAGACGCGAACUGUACCAUUUAUACGAGCAUGUCUUAUCUAAUACAUGUAAGACGCGUCUUAGCUAAGCCGCGAGACGAAAUGUGCCGUUUAUACGGACAGUUCGCGUCUUAUUUGAGACGCGUCUUAUUUUUCCUCGUAUAAAUGGCCCUAAUAUCACAAUGAUUUUGGAAUUAAGUUAAACGAUCUGAAAGAAACAGAACUAGUUUAUCGGCUUAAGUUGUUUCUGCAGGAAACAAAUCGAAUUUCAUCUGUGAAGAACUUUAGGAAUUAAAUCAAAUGGAUAUGAGGCUCGACGUUUCACUCAGUUAAAUUCGACAUAUUUGCAUUAAAUGCGACUCUAAUAUAAUUGAUAAUGCAGCAUCUUCGACUGAGGCCCGGUUAAAACGUGGAUUUUCAUAUGUGCAGACUCAAUAAAGUCGGGAAUUGAAUGCAUAUGAAGUUCGACGUUUUUCUCAGCUAAAUUUGACAGAUUUGAAUUAAACAUGCGGCGACUUUUGUCGUAUAUAACUCCAACUUAACAUGAAACGAACUGAAUACAUAAUUAAUUAUGUGCAGCUAUUUUUUUUAAUAUUAACAUUACUUGUGGUUGUAGCCUCCCCGCAGACGUCCGUUGGGGUUCGGUUGUCACGCAUUCAUUUCUCCCCCGUGGGGGAGAAAUGAAUGCGUGACAACCGAACCCCAACGGACGUCUGCGGGGAGGCUAUUCUGGUUGGCUACCUAUUUUAAAAUUAUCUAUGAUUUACAAGUGUGACCAAGUACAGACAGUAAAGCACUGUCCCUCACGGUCCUCACGGACCGUACGGAUCGAACGAACCGUAAAGCAUCGUCCCAGGGGGGGUACUCGGGAUUUCAAGUGACGGGGAUGAUCGAAGGAUUUUUUUGGGUUUGAAAUUUUCGAUUCCGGGAUUUUUUUGGGUACGAAAAUUUGGCAAGUAUUUUUUUGGGUAGCUUGAUUUGAGUAGAGAUUUUUUGGGGGUAUUAAAAAGAAUCGGUUGUGCCCUGGCUGCGUAGUUCUGCGAAUAAAGUACAAACAAACGUGUUUUGCUGUUGUUUAAAUUUCCAAUGUUUUUCUUUGUGUUAUGCAUUUGAGAGCUUUUUAAAGAGCCCGUUAACGUGGCCCGAACAUAUUUAUAUGUGUUUUACCCCUUUCUGGAACUUUUAAGGGCCACAAAAUCGGCAUGGGAUUUUUUGGGGGUUAAAUUUUGGUCCAGGGAUUUUGUUGGGUUUUUCUGAAAUCCCUAGGGAUUUUUUUGGGUCUUGACUUUUGGCUCCAUUCGAUCAUCCCCGUCACUUGAAAUCCCGAGUACCCCCCCUGAGCGCAUUGUGCCCUCAUGUAAUAAUGAGUUGCACGCUCGGUAUGUGCUCAGCAUACGGACCGUGAGUAAUAGUGCCGGUGUGUGCAGAACGUACGGUCCGUUAACUGCUCCAAAUGCUGCAUAAUUUAAGAAUUCAAAUUUGAUCACAUUCAUGGAUAUCGAUCACAUUCAACAAUCACCUUAAAAGUCAACAAACCCCAAUAUGCUUUGCCGUUCAUGGCCCCUCUUCAAAUCCAAGCGGCCUUUUGAAAAACAAACUACACCACGUUUAGUUAAUUACUUAUGCCUAUCUAUGGACAAGAUAUGAGCGAAAAUGAUUUUUUGACUGUGGCCGCUAAAUUUCGAUGUUGCUCGAUUUGUACAGACAUUUGCUCUUAAAAAUGACGUUUUACUGCAUUCUUUGUUUUUGAAAUCGUUUCAAAGUGACUUUUACCGGGAAGGAAAUGAGUGGAAUGGCAUUGGGUCGUCUCAGCCGAUGGCAGUUCAGUCUCCCAGACAAGUGGCAUCCAAGGUUAACUAAAAUAACAUCUCGUAGAAGUAGCUAUAGGUUCAGAAUGUUGUAGAGUGUUUUCAGUCAUCGGGCAAAUCGACUUAAGCUCUAGCGAACGCCUUCGGCCGAAUCGACUUUCGAGCUAAACGCCCGCAAUUCGAGUAGUAUAAUAUAUAUAGCCGUUGUGACGGAAACCGGUCGUUUCGCCAACGAGUCGUUUCGCCAACGGUCGUUUCGCAAACGUCUCCGGUCAGUUCGCAAACGUGUAGAAGUCAGUUCGCAAACGUUUCGAAGUCAAUUCGCAAACGUUAUAAACAUUGACAUGUCAACCUACGUUUUAACUGUACAGUUCAGAAUACUAACGUUAUGCCUAAAUUAUUGGGUCUGAAAUUUAAUGUAACAAACAUUUACAUGUCAACCUGGCUUUAACUGUACGAUUCAGAAUACUACAUUACUUACUCGUUGUAUGCGUAAAUUAUUGGAUGUGAACUCUCACCGCUUAUUUCCCGCUAAAGUAUAUUCCUCAAUCAAAUGGACAGACAAGACAGACCGCCAUUUUGAAGUUGCUUUAUUUAAACCCAGUCCUUUAGGAUAAUUGUUCGUCCUCUUCGCUUACACGCGUGUGGUUCGGUUCGCGUUUUGUUUCAUACAGCUUACCUCGUAGGAAACACGCGCGCGCUAUUGUUAUCUUAAUUAGAGUUAGUUGUCACCUAUUUAGUGGAAAACGACAAAUCAGUGGUGCAGUAUGUAAUCGACUACCAAUCACAUUGCUGUGAUUUUGAUCCGCUGCUACUGGUCACUACAGUAUAUAAAGGGCUGCGAGUUCUGUUCAUUUCAUUCAACUUACCUUCACGGUCAGUCGACAACUAGUCAUGGAAAGUUUUUAUUGUAUCUUCUGCGCUAAAGAAGUCACUUCUCGUCAGGAAGCUCUGUUAUGUGAUGGCUGCGACAGGUGGCAACACCGGCGAUGCCAGACAGGCAUCACGAGGGAAGACCGACAUUCGUUGUGACUUAAAUACGUUGUCUUCCCGUGCCCUUCAACCAGGUAUGGUUUUCAAAGUUUUCGCACUCAACGGGAUAUACAUAUUCUUUCUUAAAAUCGUCUUGAACAGGGUAUUUGUGUGGUGUUUUUUAAGCGGAUCCCCUGCUAGACCGACCCAUUGACUUGGCGGUUUUUUCCUGUGUGGUAAUAGAGAUUCCGGCCAUAGCCUGUGCCAGGCGUUCAGAUAAAAGAGCGGGGCGAAAAAUGACGAGAAAUUUCUGUUUUUGAAAUCUUUUCAAAUUGUCUAUAACCGGAAAGGAAACAAAGGAAAUCAUUUAAUUUCCAUUUGCAAAUUACAAAUAAUCUAGGCAUCCAAGCAUGUCUUGGAUUCCCUUCAAUGGAUAGAAAAUUAGCUCACUUAAUUGCAUGUUCCAAAAAUGACUCGACGUUUUCCCUGAAACUUCCCUUUUUCCCUUCCUCCCUAUCCCCUACCCCUUUCGACGCCUGCUACACAGGCCAGAUGUGAUGAAAACAUUCUUACAAAAGGCAAUGCGCAUGUGAAGGUAAAAAAUGCAAAUUUAACUCGCUGAUUUGAAUGUUGUCUCAAACAUUGGUGCCCAAUGAUAUGCUGCGUGAGUAUUUGAGUGAAUGCCAUCGUCCCACUUGAGUGAAUCAUUGCAAGUGUAAUAUUCCGCCUCGACUAACGGUCUUUGUGAUGCUGAUUUGUAAACUUUAUUGUGCGUAAGAUUACUGAAAAUUCCCAAGAGGCGGACGAACAAAAAGCGAACGGACGCAACAACUCCCAUCACUGUUGGCCACAAUGUUGCGAGUCCGCGUGGUCUAUAGCCUGCGAACAGCAGACGCAUUUCCGGUCGUCGGUCCUCUCCCUCCGAAAAAUAGCUAUUUUUCGGAGGCAAGGAAGCAACGACCGGAAAUGCGUCUGUUGUUCGCAGGCUACGUGGUCUAAAGCUAGAGCACAGGGUCCAGAGGAGUUCGGUGUGAAUAAAUUAAUUACUUAUUUAACGUCCCACCUUGAAAAAUGUCUAUACCUAUCGCUUAGCACGAUUAAUUAGCCCAAUGGAAUCUUUAUAAAUCCACUGUAAACUAUUUCUUCGCUUCUUAUCUGACCCAGAUCACCCAGAUCGACUUUUAGAAAUCAAUAACCGCAAGCCAUAUCCUCGCUGGCGCACGGCACGUCGCCCGAAGGGUGACCGAAGGCCGUCGCCCAAAGGGCGACCGAGGCACGAAUACUGUAAGCCGAGUUUGCGAGCCCUCAGUCUCUUGGUUUGCGGUCUAUAGAAUGUGUAACGAACCUGUAACGCGAUCAAAAUAACCAAUUUUUUAAAGAGGUUUUCGACUGGUUUUGAUGUUCUAACGACAAACACAUCUCCUCUGGACCCUGUGGCUAGAGUAGACUUUUUUGUUUUAAUUACAGUUUGUCGAUCUUUUCUCUUAAACAGGUGUCCAGAAGAAGACUUCUGUGCGAACAAACGAUGAUUUUGAGAAGGAAAUUUAAACUUAGAGACGUUCUUAUCACCUGUUGCGUUUUAACGCUCCUAGCCAUAGGAAUGUUCGUAAUUCAUGUUGUUCCAAAAGAGAGAACUUUAAGAUCACUGCGACCACAGAUCUCACAGAUGGACAGCAGCCCAUCCAGCGCAGGAAUCGGAACAACCAAAGCGGCCGCCGAAGAAGCCGUAGAUACCUCAUUAAGUCUAUUUGUCAGGAUGUCUGGUAAAUUGCCAGAUCACAGGCAACGAUAUUACUGUGAUCUGUUCAGGACUACUGUUCUUUACUGGCCUUCUUCGUACGGAAAAAUAGUCUUGGUACUUGACGAAGAAACCGAAGAGGAUCAUAAAUUUGGCGAUAAAAUAAUGGAUCAGACCAAAACAUACUUUCCUGAUCGCAAGCUUGAAGUCUUAUAUGAGGCUCUUCCAAAAGACAAAAGCACGUUGGAUUUUCCAGGGAUACACAGAAAACCCGGUUACAACAGGCAGCUCUGGAGCAGUUAUUUUAUCGACUUGUAUUCAAAUGACAGCAUUAUUGCCUGGAUGGAUAAUGACGCUGCUUUCAUAACUCCAGUAACGAAAUCUUCCAUUUUUAAUGGCACAAAGUUAAGAACUUUAGGAACAGGUUGUAAAUUGGGUAGGGAUUGGAUAAAGUCUUGGGCACACACGUUGGAACUGGCCCUUGGGUUUCCAAUGGUUGCUAAUUUUAUGUCCUUCUUUCCUGUAUACAUAUAUCGGGACACCUUCACUCACUGCAGAGAGUAUAUACUGAGAAAAUUUAAGACGCGUAACUUUGAUGAGGUCUUCAAGAAGUUAAUCCACGUCCCGCACUCUCCAGUCUGCGUUGUGCUGAGUUAUGCGUGGUACUUUGAGAGAGACCGCUACGACUGGAAUUUCGAGAUGUGUGAUGACCUGGCGGAAUAUAAUAAGAAGUUUCCAACCAAUCAUACUGUUAGACCAGAACAUGUAGAAACUAUUCUGUCGGAGCCUCAAACAACUUUUCACGUACCAUACGCCCCAUUUCUUUCUUCAAACGUUAUUGUAAGCUACUGCUUGUCACACAAAGCGGCAGGAAAUAAUUUGGAUAUAUGCUCUAAUCGUGCAGUUUCACUGAGCGAUAAUUUUGUUCUUUUCAACCACGAUCUUCAGUUCAUUAAAUCUGUGGACGAAACACCGUGUACAGGUAACUAUGCCAAUACAUGUUUGGAGUUACUCAAACGUCAUUAUGACCAAGUUGGUCUUGAGAUUAAACAAGGGCGUAAGGUGGAAUGGAGCAAUGUAAAAACUGUUGAAAAGCUUGCUAGUGAGUUUAACAUUCAAUGUUCGCCAAUGACGUGA